CAGGGGCGGAGCCAGGAUUUCUACACCGGGUGGGCCGAAAAUAAUUAAAUGUAAAUAAAAAUAAAAUCAUUAUUUUAAAAGUAUACAACGUUCUUUAAAACCAUUGAAAAAUUACUAAAAAAUAGUAUGUAAACUAAAUGUUUUGCUACCUUACUUUACUUUCAAUAGACUCUAAAAGUCAUUUAAAUCACUCAAACUAUAGCAAAAUGUGAGGUAGUGGUGAAUUGAACCUGAGUGCUCCACACUAAAAAUAAGAUUAGCUACUAGUAGACCAGAUAAUUGAAUGAACUCAUGUCUGGUCAAGUCCUACUUAUUCACAUUUUAUCUAAAUAUCCUUAACAUUCUAGGGGUCGGGACUAAUCCCGGGGGCAGGGGCCCACCCUAGCUUUCAAGUAGCUCCGCUCCUGUUCUCACUGGAUAAUUAACUAUGCAACAAGAGUGUCUGUUAAUCUACUAAUGCAACUAGUGGUGUCAAUUAGGAUCCAAAUCCAUGAAUCCAAUCCAAUCCAUCCACCAAAUUAUCCACCUAAUCCAAUCCAUUUAAAUCCAAUACAUUUGAUCCAAAUCCAAUUGGAUUGGUGGAUUCAUGGAUCAAUCCAUGUAUCCAAAUGACAAAUUACGAUUUGGUACCUAUAUUUUUUAUAUUUUACAUUUUGGUACCUAAAAUUUAUAUUUUUAUACGAAAACAUCAUUGGAAAAUUACAUUUUGGUACCUAAAAAUUUUCAUUAUGACAUUUUAGUACCUAAACUUUUCAAAAUUUACAUUUUGGUCCAAGCCUUGGAUGUCAUUUGGAUUCAUGGAUCAAUCCACCAAUCCAUUUGAUCCAAUCCAUGAAUCCACCAAUCCAUUUGAUCCAUGGAUCCACCAAUCCAAUCUAUGAAUCCACGAAUCCGAUCCAAUUGCCACCUCUAAAUGCAACUAACUCUCCACGUCAUCAAGUUUCUAGAUGAAGAAGCUCCCCAGCAAAGAAGAAAGGGUCAAAGGGGACAUGGACAUAAAUGAUACAUUACACAUACUUAAUGAACAUGCAACGAAAGAGCAGCAAAAUCGGGAAAAAAACUGUUUGCUUUGUUAGGCCAUAGCGUUUGCAAUUGCAUGUGGGCAAUGAAGAGGGUUUACUGUGGGAUUUCAGUUCAUUCAUCAUUCUGCCGAUCCAUGUGUUCUCUUCUUCUCUCUUUGUAAUAAUAGACAUCCAUGCAUGAUCACUGUAAUUCUGUAUAUGUAUUGCCAUAUUAUUGUUGAAUUAUUGGUGCAACCAAACGUAACGUAUUUUUCCUUCUCAUAUAUAUAUCUUUGUUUUUUUUACUUGAGGGAAAGUUUUCGGUGGGAAAUGGGAUGCGUUUGCAUAUAUAUCUUUCUGUAGAUUAAUCCGUAUUUUUAUCUCUGUUGUUUUCCAAUGACAAUCAGUAGCAUAUAUAUGUGUGUCAGAAUGCAUGUAAAUGAUUUUAUUGUUCACCAAUCCCUCUUGAUGUCGAAUCCGGCCAUUCAUGCAUGAGACGUUUGCUAACAUUAUUGAUUCAACAGAUCUCAUUUCUGAAAUUGCACCAUCCCUAGUAUCUUGAUACUUAAACAUAUCGAUUUUGUAAGAAAAAAAACAUAGAUGUAUGAUCAAUAUAGUAUCUGCAAUGAAAUAAUGACAACAUUCUGAAUAACAAGUUGAUUUUAGUAACUUAGAGUUGGGGUAUAAGUUUGACCCUAGAGAGUAGAGAUCCACUGAUCAGCCUCGAACCGUCCCGAUUCUGAGGGUCGGGUUGGGUCAGUUUAGUGUCGAUUGAGCCCGUAAGGAUUGGGUCAACGUAGGUGAUCCGUGUCAUUUUUUUACCCAUAGCAACAACUAGUGAUAUAAAAUUCUUCAUACCAGCACAUUGUACCUGUUUGUAAAGUUGUAAAAGUUUAGGUAUUAUAAUUCAAUGUAAUAAAUAUAAAGGUAAUAAAAUGUAAUUUUAUCUCCAACAUUUCUGGACAUACGUGUAAAAAAUUAAUUCAAAGAAAUAAUUUUGUUUUUUCGGCGAGGAAUAUCUGGUGUUUGAUUUCAAUAAAUGCACAUUCGACUUUUUGAACAGCGACAAUAACACGGUUCACACAUCUCCGAACAAUGUUCAAACGAGAGUGUUGAUGUUUUUUAUGGUUUUUUUGGGAACAAGCUACGUCAAUUACUCCUCCAUACUUAGACAAGUUUCGCCCCACCAUGUACACUUGGGUGGUUGAUGACUUGAUGUUGAAGAGUGUUAAAGCUUUGGUGCAUGGGUGUGUGUUGAGGUACUUGGUAUGAAGCCCAAAAUUCCAUCAUUCAGGCCCAACUUAAGCCAAUUUUAGUGGUAAACAAUUUCAAAUUGUUGGAAGAGGUUGAAAAUCAAAACCAAAUUUCAAAUCGUCCUAAAAAAAAGGAAUUAGCUAAGUUAAUGCAACUUUAAUUAGUCAUGGACUACUUAAUCGAAACGCAUCGGCUGAGCAAAACAAACUAGGUAGCUAGCAACUAGCAAGAGAAGAGUACAUGGAGAGAAAAUGACAAGACAGAUUACAAAAGUCAAGCUCAAGAGGAGUCCAAUUUAAUUCUUCAAUUCAAGGAAUAUAAUGGCAAAUAUAAUCCCUCCUCAUUAUUAAAGGGAGGGAAAAGACCUUGGGGAUAUUGCGGCAUUAUACAAUCUUACUGUGCCUGCCUGCCAGCCAGCCAGCACCAUCAUCCUUAGUUCGUCUUCUCGCUCAUAUUAACUGCACAUGCAAGCAGCAUGCAGCAGCAGCAGCAGCAGCAGCAGGAUUAUGAUUUAUGAUCACCACAAAUCACCAACUCAAACUCCAUUAUUAACAUCGCCAACCAGAGAGCUUUGUGUCGACACUAGUACCCUAGCUAGCUAGUGUAGAAAACAGGAAAAAAGAAAGCUUAGAAUUAGCCCUUUCCACUGAAAUUGAAUGCAGCAGCGGCAAGGCCACAUUGAAUGCGGACGCGGUUUCGAAAGAGCAUUGGUCUCUCACACAGCUGACUUUGGCCUCACCCAUUAUGCAUCCCAUUUGUUGCUGUCAUUUUGACUCUCUUUGCUCUGCCACCCCCACCCCUUUCCACUCUGUCUCUUUCUCCUUCCCUAUUUAUUAAUGUCAGCAUUUGGGCAAUGUGCUCUCUAUAAAUGCACUUUCACCGUUCCUUUCUCCCCAACUUUCUCACAAGUCACAAGUCACAGUACCCUUUAGAAUCCACCUGCGCAUCUAAGCAAGCAAGCAAUCUGCUUUCUUUCUCCAAACAAGAAACAAAAAGAAGAGAAAGGUGAGGAAUCCAAUUACAAGGGAAGGAUCUGAUCUGAAGAAUGGGGAGACCACCAUGCUGUGACAAGGCUGGGGUGAAGAAAGGUCCAUGGACUCCUGAAGAGGACAUCCUCCUCGUCUCCUACGUUCAGGAGCACGGCCCUGGUAACUGGAGAGCUGUCCCCACCCACACAGGGCUGCUGAGAUGCAGCAAAAGCUGCCGGCUUCGAUGGACUAAUUACCUCCGUCCAGGGAUCAAGCGCGGCAACUUCACUGACCACGAAGAGAAGAUGAUCAUCCAUCUCCAAGCCCUUCUCGGGAACAGAUGGGCAGCCAUAGCUUCGUACCUCCCGGAGAGAACGGACAACGACAUCAAGAACUACUGGAACACCCACCUCAAGAAGAAGCUGUCGAUGAUGAACAAUAAUAGCGAUUCCUCUUCUCCGUCUGCCUCGCCGUCGACUUCCUCGUCGGCUAAUUCAUCGAUCUCGUCUUCCAGCAGGAAAUCUACGAAACCCUCCUCCAGAGGCCAGUGGGAGAGAAGGCUUCAAUCCGACAUCCACACCGCCCGCCGCGCCCUCUCCCACGCCAUAUCUCCCCCGCCGACGGCCACGUCUUCCUCCACGGCGUACGCGUCCAGCGCCGACAAUAUCGCCAGGUUGCUUAAAGGCUGGGUGAGAAACAAGCCUACUAGUAGCAGCGCCGGGAGUAAGGUUUGCGACUCGUCCCCCUGCAACGACUCGGCCGAGUCAAUGGCCAUUGGUGGUGGUGGGGACUCGGUGGUCGAGUUAAUACCACCGGGUCACUCAUUCAAUGCUCUGCUCGGGUUCGGGUUCGGGUCGGCAGACGGGGCUUCGAAUUGUUCCGGUCUUUCCCUCGGCGGGUCUCCUGCGGCUACAACGACGACGACGUUCAAGGCGGAAGAAGGGUGCGAGGACGUCUCUGAUCCGGACGAGGCGAGCUUGUCGUUACUCGAGAAAUGGCUACUCGACGAAGGAACUUUUUUGACCGCCGUUGGGAACACAUGACGACGUUCUUACUGCGGUGCUCGAGUAAAACACAAUUAAUUGGUCAAUUUUUACUGGCAGCUAAUUGGUGGUAUUGACUUAAAAUUCAUUGAUUGUCAUUUUUUUUCCCCGCUUUUAUUUACUAUACUGUUCCCGAAUGGACGGAUGAGUUUGGAAAUGAAGAUGCAUUGACAGGGACGAGAUACGGUGACAACUCCUAAGGGGUUGUCAGAUUCACAACCCACUUCAUAGUCCUUGGAUACGCUCUCUCCUCUGUCUCUUUCUUCUUUUUUUAAAUUAACGGUUAAGAUUAAAAGAAGGAUAUUUUUGGAAAGGUAAAAAUUUACCACCCCCAAUCAUUCACCUUACCAUAUAAAAAGAAAAAAAACUCUAACCCUCACCCUCCUUCCUCCCUCUCUCUCUCUCCUCCCUCUCUCCCGUACAGCAGGAUUCGCCGUCGCAGGUCUUCAUCCUAUCAGGCCAGAGAAACAUGGCCGCCCGCAGCGGCGUAAUCGCCAUGCAAUCCUCCGCCUCUUAGCCGAUCUCCGCUACGGCGGCAGUCCCUCUCACGCCGACAUCGACGCGGGGAAAGCAUGCGGGUGGGCCCCGGCAUGUCGUUCGCGAAUUCCGUGAGGGAUCGGUUGUGCGGCGGCGGUAGCGGUGCGAUUGGGUUGGUUCCGUGCGCCGUGGGAGGGACGACGAUCUGAUUUUUUGUUUGUCUCUACUGGUACCAAUACCAGUGGCUCCCCUAUCAUCUGGUACCACUAUCAUCUGGGUUUUUUUUGUGUGUUGUUCUCUACUGGUACCGUUACCAAUGCUAGUGGUAGCGCUACCAGUGCUAGUAGCGUUGUGUUAUUCUCUACUGGUACCGUUACCAAUAUGGUAGUGGUACCGUUGUACUGGUAGCGUACCACUAGUACUGGUACAUUUUUUACUGGUACCGCUAGUACUGGUACAUUUUUUAACGUACUGGUAGCGUACCACUAGCACUGGUACAUUUUUUACUGGUACCGCUAGUACUGGUACAUUUUUAACGUACUGGUAGCGUACCACUAGCACUGGUAUAUUAAUUACCAGUAGACUAAUAGAUUGGUACACUUUUUAACGCAUUGGUACAUUUUUUCAAGUUGCCGGAGGGAGUCUGCCGGAGAGAAUUCGCCGGAGAAAAAGUUUUUCGGUCGAUGCGGAGUGGCUGCUGGAGAAAGGAAGAGAGAGAGAUAAAUAGAGAUAUUAAUGUAUAGGAUUUAUAUUUCAGAAAAAAAUUUGUAUUUAAUAUGGGUUUUUAAUUCCCAAUAUAAUUAAUACAAAAAAAAUAAUUAAUAUAUUCAUUUUUCUCAUACCCAAAAUACCCUUGGUUGUGAAUCUGACAACCCCCUUAGGGGUUGUCACCGUAUCCCGUCCCUGCAUUGACAUCAUGGGAUUACAUACUACCUGUAAAAUUUUAAUCGUCCAAUUUCUUUGGAAUCGUAUAAAAUGCAAUCCAAUGAUAUCAGUCUCAUUUUAUAAUGGAGUUUCUUAUUGUACUUUUUCUUUCACAGUUACUUUUCUAGAGUCACUCAACACAUUUAUAUGAAGUUGGAAGCACAUAAUGGAUUGUAAUCUGACAAUCUUAUUAGUACGACGAAAUGGAACAUAAAUAGCAACGUCUUUGUCACAAUCUCGGCCUCCACGAUCAUGAGCUAUCGCCCUCUACCUCUUUACAAAUCAACAACAACAACUACAACUACGGUGCUACAUGGCUUCAUGCAUAUAAGUCAAGUUAGCAAGAUGAAGGAGUUGAGACCGUUUGAGAUGUUAAAAGCCGAAGCCCGCCCGAUUUUCAACCCACCAACCCAAUGUGGGCUAAAAUUGUUGGGUCAGGGCUCAUAUCUUGACCAUUACAUAAGCGAAGUUCUGUGGGCCUUCAUUUUCUAGGCCCAAUCAACUGAGUUGGGUUAACGUUUUAUUUGAUUAUCAAGAUUUGAACCCGAGUUUCUUCAAACAAAGAUAAUAAUUAUAACUAAUUGCA